AUGGCAUUGAGAGCAGCUGCUACAGCGUGUAAAUUUGGAGGAAGACAGAGAAACCCAACUCUCUUUGCAAUUCCUCUCUAUCUCCAACUCAAGCUUCAUCAGAAUCAACCCCAAACAUUCACAUCAGCUGCUCCUAUUCACCAACCUGGAUUUAAAUCUGCAAUAAGGGCUAUAAGUGGGGCAGCUGCAGAUCCCAUAACUCCUCCCAAGAAAGGAGAUGAUCAAGAACCAACACCCCAGAAUUGGAAGAUUAAAAUGCUUUAUGAUGGGGAUUGCCCUUUAUGCAUGAGAGAGGUGGACAUGCUAAGAGAGAGAAAUAAGCUCUAUGGUACUAUCAAGUUUGUUGACAUAAGUUCAGAUGACUACUCCCCAGAGGAGAAUGAAGGGCUGGACUAUAAAACUGUUAUGGGAAACAUUCAUGCCAUCCUCUCCGAUGGAACAGUAGUCACUGAUGUGGAAGCAUUCAGAAAGCUGUAUGAACAAGUAGGGCUUGGAUGGGUAUAUGCCAUAACCAAAUACGAACCUAUUGCAACUAUAGCUGGUGCUAUUUAUGGUGUUUGGGCUAAAUAUCGUCUCCAAAUCACAGGUCGACCACCUUUAGAAGAGGUUUUGGAGUUGCGAAAGAAGAAGGCAAGCACCUUUCAAUAG